GGCGCCGCGGUCGCGCAGGCGCGCCUCGAGGAGCUUGGGGCGGAGGAGGAGCUCUGGAGGCGCGAGCAGCUCGAGGCGGAGGCGGAGCUGCGGACGGCCGCGGCGCGCAGCCGCGCGGAGAGCCAGCAGGAGCGGGAGCGCCAGGAGCUCGACCAGCGAUGGAGGGACAAGCUCAGGUCGUUCGACGCCCGCGCGCGGCGCAAGCAGGACGCCCUCGCGGCGCGGCAGGGGGUGGAGCGGGAGGCGCGGCUGGCGACCACGCGCAGGGUCCUGCAGGCGCGGCAGGACAAUCGGGCCGCGAAGCUGGACCAGAGAGCGCUGAGCAAGUUCCGGGAAGCGGCGCGGAUGGAGCAGGCCAAGGCCGCCCAAAUCCCA